CAGGCUGCAUCUUUAUUGAAAUGCUCCAGGGUCAACCUUUGUUUCCUGGGGUUUCCAACAUCCUUGAACAGCUGGAGAAGAUCUGGGAGGUGUUGGGAGUCCCUACAGAGGAUACCUGGCCUGGAGUCUCCAAGCUACCUAACUACAAUCCAGAAUGGUUCCUGCUGCCUAAGCCUCCAAGCCUUCAGAUUGUCUGGAACAGGUUGGGCGGGGUUCCUGAAGCCAAAGACCUGGCCUCCCAAAUGCUGAAGGGCUUUCCUAGAGACCGAGUCUCUGCACAGCAAGCACUUGUUCAUGAUUAUUUCAGUGCCCUACCAUCUCAGCUGCACCAGCUUCCCGAUGAGGAGUCUUUGUUUACGGUUUCAGGAGUGAGGCUAAAACCAGAAAUGUGUGACCUUUUGGCCUCCUACCAGAAAGGUCACCCACCCAGCCCAGUUUAGCAAAUACUGGUAAGAAGAAAGGGUGAAGUCACCAACGUCCAUCCAGGGCUAUGUUCCUGCUGUUUCAGUUUUCAUUUCCUUCAGCUUACUAGUAAGCUUUAAAUCUAACUCCAUACUGGACCAGGGGUUUUAUACCAUGACCUGUGACCUGGAAUGUUUUAAAUACAAUGUGCAAGGCAGCGGCACAUGAUACUUGAAGAGAAAGCAAUGGGAGAUUGUUGUUACUGUCAUUCACCUAGAAUUUAACAGUGAUUCAAAAA